AUGGGCGAAAUUUGUGGAGUUUUUUCUCCUUUUCUCAAUGAGUGCCAUGAGCAUGAAAGCUAUGCCCUGUUGCAGUUUAAGGAAUCCUUUCUAACAAGUAAGUCUGCUUCUUACAAUCCUAUUAGUUAUCCUAAAACUGCUUCUUGGGUUCCUACCACAGAUUGCUGCUCCUGGGAUGGCAUUGAAUGCAAUGAGCUCACAGGUCAUGUGAUUGGCAUUGAUCUCAGCAGCGGCCAGCUCUAUGGUUCCAUGGAUCCCAAUAGCACCCUUUUCUCACUUGUGCACCUUCGAAGUCUCAAUCUUUCUGACAAUGACUUCAAUCACUCUCAAAUUCCUGCUAAGAUAGGUGAGCUUUCACAGCUAAGAUAUCUGAAUCUUUCUCAUGGCAAUGAAAACACAUUCUCUGGUGAGGUUCCAUCUCAAGUUUCACAAUUGUCCAACUUGUUGUCCCUUGAUCUUCGCAGCUAUACCUUUGGGUCACUUCCAUAUGAUCUAAUCAACCAUUUGCAACUCAAGGCAUCCACUCUCACAAGCUUAACUCAAAACUCAACUAGACUUGAACACCUUCGUCUUAGUUUUGUGACCAUUUCAUCAUCUUUACCUCAUACUCUCACAAACCUUACAUCCUUGCAAAAACUCACUCUUCACCAAUGUGAACUAUAUGGUGAAUUCCCAAUUGGAAUAUUCCAUCUCCCAAACUUAAGAGUCUUGAAUUUGGGACAAAACCAAAACCUUAGGGGUAUGCUGCCUAGUUUUCACUCAAGCUCAUUCAUCAACAUAAUCCUUGAUGGCACAAGUUUUUAUGGCACAAUUCCAACAUCCAUUGAAAACCUCACUUCUUUGAAUUGUUUUGUGAUUCCAAGAUGCAGUUUUUAUGGGGCCAUUCCUUCUUCGCUUGGCAACCUCACCCAACUUGCUCAGUUGGAUCUUGCCUAUAAUGGCUUUGUUGGUGAAAUCCCUCACUCUCUUUUUAGACUAGAGAAUCUUGAAAUUUUGUCUCUGGGCUAUAAUUUCUUUGAAGGGAAACUAGCACUUGACAUGUUUUUGAAACUAAAGAUGCUUAAUGUUCUAGACUUGCCUUACAACAAACUGUCUUUGUUCUCACAAAAUAGGGCUGUCAAUAUGACAAUCCUUCCUCCAAUUCAGUGGUUAGGGUUGGGUUCAUGCAAUUUGACUGGAAAAGUUCCAACUUGGAUAAUGAAUCUAACCUCUCUAUAUCACUUGAAUCUUUAUAAAAAUAAUCUUCAAGGUGAAAUUCCAUAUUUCCUCUUCAUGUUGGAGAAUCUUACAGGCCUUAAUCUGGCUGAUAAUUGGUUGGAAGGACAUGUCGAACUUGACAUGCUUUCAAAGCUCAAAAAGCUUACUGCACUUGGUUUAGGUGGAGGCAAUAAAUUGUCAUUUUCUGAAGGGAAGAACACUUCGAAUGUAACCAUUCCUUCUCAAAUUCAAUAUUUAGAAUUAAACUCAUGUAAUUUAGUUCAUUUUCCCAAUUUUAUACAAUACUUACAAGAGCUGACAAAUCUUCAUCUACCAUGCAAUGGCAUAAAGACUAUACCAGAUUGGAUAUGGAAUAAAACUAGUCUUCAGUGUUUGAUGAUUUUCAACAAUCCAUUGAUAGGAGAAAUAUCCCCCUUGAUAUGCAAUCUGCAAUCCCUUGUGUAUCUUGAUUUAUCUUCCAACAACUUAGUUGGUAUGAUACCAUCAUGUUUGGGAAGCUUUAGCCGAUCUCUUCAAAUUUUGAGUCUUGCAGGAAACAAAUUGACUGGCAAUAUUCCUCAAACUUAUGUGAAAGGAAAUGCCCUUCAGUUGAUUGAUUUCAGUUCUAACAAGUUGUAUGGUCAAUUACCAAGAGCAUUGGUCAAUUGUAGAAUGCUAGAGUUUCUUGAUGUGAGACAUAACCAUUUCAAUGACUCAUUUCCUUUCUGGUUGGGAUCUCUUCCUAAGUUAAAGGUUCUUUCUUUACGUGAUAAUGAAUUUCACGGAGCUAUAAUGUGUCCAUUGAAAUACACAUUUCCCCAGCUUCGAAUCAUGGAUCUUUCUGAAAAUGGUUUCUCAAUGAAUUUAACAUCAGAAAUAAUCAUGUGCUUCAAAUCGAUGAUCAUAUCCAACAAAAGACAUCUGGAUUUCAAGGACGAGAUUUUCAUUGGGAAUGAGGUUGCAGAUCUUGAUUCGUAUUUAUUUUCAAUGUCCAACAAAGGAGUUGUCAUGGAUUAUCUUGGGGGGCAAUACCUUCGUCACAUGGUAGCCAUUGAUCUUUCAUGUAACAAAAUUUAUGGUGAGAUUCCAGAUAUCAUGGGAAGUUUGAAUGGUCUUGUUGUGCUCAAUUUGUCCAAUAACAUGUUUACUGGCAGCAUCCCAUCUUCCUUGGGGAAGCUUUCAAAUCUUGAAGUGCUGGACCUUUCUCUUAAUAGCCUGUCAGGAAAUAUUCCUCAACAACUCGCAGGGCUAACCUUCUUGGAUUUCUUCAAUGUGUCUUUCAACAAUCUCUCAGGUCCAAUACCAGAAAAUGGACAACUUUCAACAUUUGAUGAUAAUUCAUUUAAGGGAAACAAGGAUUUGUGCGGGAUUCGAUUGGUGAAGAAAUGUGAAGAUUAUUCUAAGCUUCCACUACCAACAACUGAUGGUGAUCAAGACACUGAAUCGGAAUCUUUCUUUGAAUUGUAUUGGAUGGUAAUUCUAAUUGGAUAUGGGGGUGGGCUUGUUGCUGGGUUAGCACUGGGAAAUGCUUUUGCCGUAGAUGUUUAUAGGUUGCUGAAAAAGAUAUUUUAAGUCACAAGUCUAUAUGGUUUUGAAUGUUGUAUUGGAUUUGGAGUAUAGUUGGAUGGAGAAGUAAGUGUUUGAGAGUUUAGUAGUACUUGAGUCUCAAGUUUAGGGUGUUGGGAGU